GCCCAGCAUUGCCAUGUGUGACUAGAAAGGGAAAAGGCGGCAUGGAGCCCAGAUUGGGGUUUCUGGCUCUUUGUAGGACUUCACUGAGGAUGUCAGUUGUGCCUUUGAGUUCCUGCUGAAGCUCACACCCUUGCUAGACAAGGCUGACCAUCGGUGCAACUGUGACUGUAUCAACAUGCUACUCCAGGAGUGUAGUAAACAAGGACUGCUCUCUGAGGUGAACAAAGAGAGCCUGAUGGCCAAGCGCUUGAAUGAAUUCAUGAAGAACAUCAGUAAUGAAAACUCCAAAGCAGCUUCAGUCCGUGCUCUGCUCUUUGACAUCUCCUUCCUCAUGUUGUGCCAUGUGGCCCAGACCUAUGGUUCAGAGGUCAUUCUGUCAGAAUCCAGCACUGUGGGUGAAGUGCCUUUCUUUGAGACCUGGAUGCAGACGUGUAUGCCUGAGGAGGGCAAGAUCCUGAAUCCUGACCACCCCUGCUUCCGGCCUGACUCCACCAACGUGGAAUCCCUGGUUGCCCUGCUCAACAACACCUCUGAAAUGAAGCUAGUGCAGAUGAAGUGGCAUGAGGCCUGUCUCAGCAUCUCAGCUGCCAUCUUGGAGAUUCUGAAUGCCUGGGAGAAUGGAGUCCUGGCUUUUGAGUCCAUCCAGAAAAUCACAGACAACAUCAAGGGAAAGGUGUGCAGCCUGGCAGUGUGUGCUGUUGCUUGGCUUGUGGCCCAUGUGCGUAUGCUAGGCCUGAACGAACGUGAGAAAUCAUUGCAGAUGAUUCGACAGCUGGUAGGGCCUCUCUGCAGUGAGAAUACCCUGCAGUUCUACAGUGAGAGGUCUGUAAUCUUCCCUUUCCCCUCCAAGCCUUUCCAUGCACUUCUGUCUACAGUGCCUUCAAUCAUCAUGAUGGCUUUUGGGCUAGAAAAGCAAUCAUUUCUCUUAUGCUGCUUACUCUACAUACAUAUGGGAGGGAACACUUAUCUUGGAGAUCUGUGGACUGGAGAGGCCUUUUGCCUUGCUUUCCAGCCUUUGAUCCUUGGGUCGUUUUCCCUUUUCCUGGGCUUUUUAGGGUCCUGGGGAGCUCACCUUCUUUCAGUCAUUCAUUCAGUAAAUAACUUGUUGAGCACCUCUUAUGAGGAAAACAGUUGUUUUGAAUGUCUUGUAAAGGGAAGAGAUGGUAAAGUUCAGCUAAAAUAUUUUCACUGUCACUGUAGAGUCCAUUGCAUUGUGAUAACUUCUGCUCUCCUCAGUGGAAAGUUGUCCAGGAUGUAAGAAUCUUCAGCUUGUGCCUCUGCUCAAGGAUUUCUCCUGCUAAAA